AAACAGGAGCUGGCCUCAUCCCCAGUCAUGGACUUCCUCGGGAUUCUUAGGAGCAACACCAAGUUGAUCAUCCUGGUACUUACACCACUGGUGCUUCUCCCUCUGCCACUUGUCAUCGGGACUCAAGAAUCAGAAUGUGCGUACACAGUGCUGGUGGUUGCUGUGUUCUGGCUGAGUGAAGCCAUGCCGCUCGCGAUCACUGCCCUCAUACCGGCCCUGAUGUUCCCUCUCUUUGGCAUCGUAAAAUCCAAAGACGUGGCGAAUUCAUACUUCAAAGAUUUCCACCUGUUACUGACUGGCGUCAUCUGUUUGGCCACCUCGAUAGAGAAAUGGAACCUGCACAAAAGAAUUGCCCUGCAACUGGUGAUGGUGAUGGGUGUCAACCCUGGCCGGUUAAUGAUGGGCUUCAUGCUGAGCUGUGCCUUCCUGUCUAUGUGGCUGAGCAACACAUCCACGGCAGCCAUGGUGAUGCCAAUUGUGGAGGCAGUCACCCAGCAAAUCAUCAACGCAGAAGCCGAGGUUCAUGCCGGGCAGGAGAAUGGGGUGUCCAACCGUAGCUUUGAGCUGAAUGAAAAAGGAGAUGAGAUGAAGAAAGAGGAAGAGAGAGAAGAACACGAGAAAAAAGACCGUAUGGAGAAUGACCCACCAGAGGGGAUGGAGCUUGAUACUGUGAAGCAGGAAAGGCAAGAGAUGGAGGACUGGUGCAAUAAUAUGGAUGCCAAUUCUUACAGAAUCGAAUCAGAGGAGGCUCCUGAACAAAAAGUGGCCAAAUACAAGAGCAGGAAGGAUCACAAGCUGUGCAAAGGGAUAUCCCUGUGUGUGGCUUUCUCAUCCACCAUCGGAGGCCUCAGCACCAUCACUGGCACCUCCACAAACCUCAUCUUUGUUGAGCAAUUCAACACGCGUUACCCAGAAAGUAGUGAUGUGAACUUUGGCUCCUGGUUCGUGCUGGUCUUCCCCAUGUCAGUCAUUAUUCUCAUCUUGUCCUGGGUCUGGCUCCACGCCAUGUUCUGCGGCUUUGACUUUAAAAGCACAUUGAUAUGUCGCAAGGCCAUGAGCAACAAGGAAAAGGCAUCGAUUAAAGUCAUUCAAGACGAGUACAAGAAACUGGGACCCAUGCGUUACCAGGAAAUCAUCACCCUCAUUCUGUUCUGCUUAAUGGCAAUUCUGUGGUUCACCAGAGAGCCUGGCUUCUUCCCAGGCUGGUCAUCUCUCUUCUCAGAGUAUAGGGGCUUUGCCACAGACUCCACAGUGGCUCUACUGCUGGGUCUCCUCUUCUUUAUUCUGCCUGCCGAAAAGCCCACUUCAUCCCCAACAAAGAGUUGAGUUGUUGCUUUUGAUUUUCAAGGCUAUAGUGCUCUCAUCACAUGGUCAGAGUUCCAGGCGACCAUGCCGUGGGAUAUCUGCUUUCUGGUUGGUGGAGGCUUUGCUCUGGCAGAAGGCUGUGAGAUCUCGGGCCUCUCUCUCUGGGUGGGCAGUAAACUGGAGCCACUCGGAUCACUGCCAGUGUUGGUCAUCAUCCUGAUCUCUAGUCUGAUCGUCACCACGGUGACCGAGGUUGCCAGCAACCCAGCGACCAUCACCAUCUUCCUCCCCAUUCUUGCUCCCUUGGCUGAGGCCAUUCACGUCAAUCCUCUCUACCUGCUGAUACCUACUACCCUGUGCACCUCCUUUGCCUUCCUCUUGCCUGUCUCCAAUCCCCCGAACGCAAUUGUAUUUGGAUAUGGCCACGUGACAAUGAUGGACAUGGUGAAAGCGGGGCUAGGUGUGAACAUCAUUGGAGUUGUAGUUGUGAUGAUUGGCAUCGCCACGUGGGCAGUACCUUUGUUCAGCUUGGAUGUCUAUCCCUCAUGGGCUCCCGACCUCAGGAACAUAACUACCCCCUAAACUGGGGAACCGAGCACACAGACGAUGAGGCCUGUUAUGGAUUGCGUGUGCCGUGAACUGGCUCGAUUUUACCCACCUUAGUUCGGACAGCAUUCACCUCGCUGGCUCACGGAGAGUAACCGCUGGUAAUCCGGGACGUGCCAAGCCUCGCUAAGCUGGUGAGAUAGGUGACCCUGGCUCACCCAGUGCAAAUACCAGAUGAAUUUGAAAAUGAAGGACUUUGUUUGGACUUGCCAGGAUUUAUACCAUGGAAGUCUCCUCGCCACAGAACCUUAUACUGUAUUGUGCCAUCAAACCUUUCAUUACACAGAGUUACGCAGACUGUACAGCUCACAAACAGGCCAUUGGUGGUUAUAGUCCACACAAUCCAUCCCCUCUACCCCUCUAUCCCCUCUUUUCCCCUCCCAUAUAGCCCUCAAUUUCCCCCCCUGCACCCCUUUAUCUCUCCUCUAUCUCUAAACACCCUCUCCUCUACCCCUCUAUUCUCCUCUCCUAUACCCCUGUAUUCCCCUCUUCUUCAUGUCUGCAUCAAGUUUGCUCUUAAAUACUUUGAUGCUUUUUGCUUCAACCACAGCUUCUGGCAGUGAGUGCCACACUCUCACACUGUCGUUGUGAAGAAGUUCCUCCUAAACUUCUUAUUAGAUCUGUGACUGUGUCACUUAUAUUUAUACCCUUUAGUUAUGGACUCAGCAACAAAUGAAAACAGCCUAUGAACCUAUUAUCCACCUUAUCAAAUCUUUGAUAAUCAUAUACCCCUCGACCAGGUCCCCUCUCAAUCAUCUCAGCAUGAUAUUAAAUGGAAUUGAAAAAGU